AUGCACGAGUGCAUGGCGCCCUUUGAUGGUUUUGAUCACAAUGCCCAGUCCCUGCGCGUUGUCACGCAUCUCGAACAACGCUACGCGGAAUUCGACGGAUUGAACCUGGCCUGGGAAACUCUGGAGGGACUUGUCAAACACAAUGGGCCUCUUCUUGAUUCAGACGGCAACCCGAUCGGAAAAUUCAAGGGCGGCCGACUGCCGUUUGCGAUCAGCGAAUAUGCAGACAAGCAGGAUCUCUUGCUGGACACCUGGCCGGGCGGCGAGGCUCAGGCGGCCGCAAUCGCGGACGACAUUGCCUAUGACGCUCAUGACCUGGAUGACGGAGUGAGAGCGGGUCUUUUCGCUGUGGAAGACAUGCGCGAAGUCCCGUUUCUUGCCGACAUUCUGGUGGAUGUUGACAGAAAGUAUCCCGGGUUGGAGGAAAGCAGGCGAAUCCACGAGAUCGUCCGCAGAUCAAUCACAAGAAUGGUUGAGGACGUCAUCAGGGAAGCCGUCGGCAACAUAUCCGAACUUGAUCCGCAAUCUGCAAACGAUAUCAGAAUGGCCGGAAGGGGUCUUGUCGGGUUUUCCGAUGAAAUGGCACUUGCGGAAAAGGAAGUUAAGAGAUUUCUGUUCGCCCGUGUUUAUCGCCAUGCGGAUGUUUUGGCCGUUCGCAAGCUCGUUGCCCGCAUCGUGAAGGAUCUGUUUCGCAAAUACCAGUCGGACCCCGAAUUGAUGCCACAUCCAUGGAAUGUUGGUCUGGGUUCCCUGGGCGAUACCGAAACAGCCCGGCGAAUAUGCGAUUACAUUGCCGGCAUGACCGACCGCUACGCCAUCGAGGAGCACCGCAGGCUGUUUGACGACACUCCGGAUUUAGGGUAG